CACCCCAUCAGGCAGAAGGGUUACAUGUGCCCAACCCCUCAAGCAGAAGGGUACAUGUGUCCACCCCCUUAGGCAGAAGAGAACAUGUUCACUUCUCCUCAAGCAGAAGAGUACAUAUGCCCACCUUCUCAGGCAGAAGGUUACAUGUGCUCACCCGCUCUGGCAGACGGUUACAUGUGCCGACCCCAUCAAGCAGAAGAGUACAUGUACCCACCCCCUUAAGCUGAAGGUUACAUGUGCCCUCCCCCUCUGGCAGAAGGUUACAUGUGCCCACCCCCUCUGGCAGGCUGUUACAUGUGCCCACCCUAUCAGGCAGAAGAGUACAUGUACCUGACCCCUCAAGCUGAAGGUGACAUGUGCCCUCCCCCUCUGGCAGAAGAGUACAUGUAUCCACCUUUCAGGCAGAAGGUUACAUGUUCCCUCCUUGUCAGGCAGAAGGGUACAUGUACCCAGCCCCUCAAGCUGAAGGUUACAUGUACCCACCCCCUCAAGCACAGGGGUACAUGUGCCCAUUCCCUCAAGCUGAAGGUUACAUGUGCCCACCCCCUCAAGCACAAGGGUACAUGUGCCCAUUCCCUCAAACUGAAGGUUACAUGUGCUCACCCCCUCAAGCACAAGGGUACAUGUGCCCAUUCCCUCAAGCUGAAGGUUACAUGUGCCCACCCCCUCAAGCACAAGGGUACAUGUGCCCAUUCCCUCAAGCUGAAGGUUACAUGUGCCCACCCCCUCAAGCACAAGGGUACAUGUACCCAUCCUCUCAAGCUGAAGGUUACAUGUGCCCUCCCCCUCUGUUAGAAGAAUAAAUUUGCC